AUGGAGCAGGUGACUGCCAUUACUCUGAUCGCCGAUAUAUUCAGCAAUCUGUAUGCAUACAUCGACUCUGUUGUGUGCGAUGUCAGAAAACACCCGCUCUUGCAUCCCAAGAUCCAUCUAGUCAAGGGGGUCAAUAAAUGGUAUGUGUCCUUGUACAGGAGAGAUACAGUGAUCUACCUGACUUGGCCCGAAUGCGAGGCACAAGUCAGUGGAUUUCCCGGCAUGAAGCACUGCUCCUUUAUGCACCUGCAAGAUGUGAUCGCAUUCUACAUAGACAAGGGCGAUGAAGGUGUCAUUCAGCCAGUCAGACCACUAAACAUGGGGAUUGGACAAACCCCAGCGAAGCCUCCUGCCAUGGCACCUUCCACGCCGAGUUCGAACCACCCUGAAGGUUCGUCACAGGCUCUCUUCUAUUAA